UUUUCAAAUUAGUGCUUUGCGUAUUGAAGAACAGAGGAGGAGGAAUGGGGGAGAGGGAUUAGGAAGAAGGGUCGCCUCUGCCACGUCAUUUGGUAUUCGGUAAAAGAAUUCGCUAAAAAGGGAUGAUAUCUCUAUCAUUUUUCUUUCCAGAACAGACAGUAUCACAUGAUUCACGUCAUUUAAAGCGCAGUCUCAAUAGGACAGCCGAAGCCCACUUUAGCCUCAAAAUGCUUGCAUACAAGAGCGAGCCAUCACCACAGAGACGGGGGUGAAGUGGAUCAAGAAAGAAUAGAAAAAUCCGUUACGACGAAAGAGAUUGAUUCCAUUUCUUGUUCAAAUUGCAUACUUAUUAUAUAGGUACUGACAUCUAUCAGCAAAUUACUCGAGCUUUUCCGUGCACUUAAAUUGGGACUGCAAAUAGAGUUGCCUCACCUGCCCCCAUUCAUGGCUUCCACUCAUUUCCUCGUUGCUCCCCAUGUCUUCCUCCCUUCUUACAAUUCCUUUAGAAAGAGCCAUCAAUCUUCAUUUGGGCCAUAUGGGUCCUCUUCUCUUCACUCAAAUUCUCAGUUCCAAAGGGUUAAAGCCAUGGUUUCUGAUUCAAACACUGCCAGAAGACGACUAGAGAUAGUAUAUAGUCCUGAAGAAAGAUUAAACAAGUUGGCGGAUGAAGUGGACAGGGAUGCUCCCCUGUCAAGGAUGACUUUGUUCUCCCCUUGCAAGGUUAAUGUUUUUCUUAGAAUAACAAACAAGAGGGAAGAUGGUUUUCAUGAUUUGGCAUCGCUAUUUCAUGUUAUAAGUUUGGGGGAUAUAAUUAAGUUCUCUUUGUCUCCAUCAAAAAGUAAAGAUCGUUUGUCAGCUAAUGUGUCUGGGGUUCCCCUUGAUGAAAGAAAUUUGAUUAUAAAGGCGCUUAACCUUUACAGGAAGAAGACCGGCAGUGAAAACUUCUUUUGGAUUCAUCUUGACAAAAGAGUGCCUACUGGGGCAGGACUUGGUGGUGGAAGUAGCAAUGCUGCUACUGCAUUGUGGGCAGCAAAUCAGUUUAAUGGUUCUCUUGCAACUGAGAAGGAACUCCAAGAAUGGUCAAGUGAGAUUGGUUCCGAUGUUCCCUUCUUUUUCUCCCAGGGAGCAGCCUAUUGUACUGGUCGAGGCGAGGUUGUUAAGAAUAUACCACCACCAGUACCUUUGGACAUUCCAAUGGUUCUCAUAAAACCCCAGCAGGCAUGUUCUACAGCUGAAGUUUACAAGCGCCUUCGGUUGGAUCAAACCAGGAAGGUUGAUCCUUUAACAUUGCUGGAGAAGAUCUCAAUGAAUGGAAUAUCUCAGGAUGUUUGCAUAAAUGACUUGGAACUUCCUGCAUUUGAGGUUCUGCCAUCUCUAAGAAGAUUAAAACAGCGUGUAUGUGCAGCUAGUCGUGGACAAUAUGAUGCUGUUUUUAUGUCUGGGAGUGGAAGCACCAUUGUUGGAAUUGGUUCCCCAGAUCCUCCCCAAUUUAUAUAUGAUGAUGAGGACUACCGUGAUGUGUUUUUGUCAGAGGCCAACUUUCUCAUUCGCGAAGUAGAUCAAUGGUACAGAGAACCUGCUUCAACAAGUGCUAGUACAUCAGCAUCCAAUUCCUCCGAGUCUAAUGAGUAAUCAUCCCUAUUAAGCUAAAAUAGUUUUUAUCAUUUUAGGAUGAAGAACUUUAAUUUGUGUUUCCUACAUCCUAAUGUGAUGCAUACCAAAGAUAUGUACACAUAGCAGCAGAAAAUUCAAGUGACAAUAAAAAUAAGCACUUUCUGUUUAGGAGAGACCAUACUUGGGAGGUGAAAAGAUGCGAAACCCACUUUUUGAUAAUCGAUUAUUCCUUAGAAGUCAAGGAAUUGCUUCACACAA